AAUUGACUUCCUUCUUCCAGUUGGGGACAGGAUGCCCAACUUUGCUCUGGAGGAACUGGGUAAGACAUGAAAUCGGAUCAGAAUUCACGUAAGAAUUUCUUUGUUUUUUUUUUGCGAUUCCUUUCUCACUCUGUGUUUUUGUCUACAGGAGCAAAGAUUGUUAAAGAACAGUCUUCAGCAUCCUACCUUUCAGAACAGGCUGGAUUGAAGCUGUGGGGGUUUACAUUGAUACCCGCAAAACCACCCUGUGUAAGCCCAAGAGUCGUUAUUCAGGGUCGAGCACCCAUGGUCCCAGGAGUGUGUUGGAGUUUUGCGGGCUCCCAGGGACAUUUAACCAUUAAGCUGCCACACAGCAUCGCCAUCAGUCAUGUGACACUGGGUCACAUUUCUAAGAUGAUGUCACCAUCUGGAAAGGUCUCCAGUGCUCCCAGGACGUUUUCAGUGUUUGUAAGUCACAGAUUUCCACUGCACCACUGUUCAACUGUUGCAUUUUACAUAUGUGUAUAUAGAGAACAACUUUAUCUGUAUUUAUUUCUGUCUUUUCAGGGAAAGAGAGCAUUAGACGACAGUGGUGUCCACCUGGGAACAUUCGUCUAUGAUGAAAAUGGAGAUCCACUCCAAACAUUCAGGAUACCCGACGACAAAGUAGAUGUCAUCCGCUCCAUUACGCUGCAUGUGUUGAACAACUGGGGCAAUCGUGAGUAUUCCUGUUUGUAGAAGUUCCGAGUUCAUGGAAAGCUGGCAUAACUAGCUUCCCAUGAACUCCAUCUAUAAAAGAAAAGAGAGGAAAAAUGUGAAAGUGAAUCAGACUGCAACACUUAUUUAAAUAAUUGUAUUUGAAAAAAAUUGUCAAUUUAACCCAUGUUUUUUUCUCCAGCGAACGUCCAUCCUACCAGGUAAGCCAUGUCUGAUUAAGAUGUUUGCAGUCUGAUUCACCUCACCCCCAACCAGCCGUGGCAGAGGGCUUGCCCCUCCCUGAGCCUGGCUCUGCCAGAGGUUUCUUCCUGUUAAAAGG